GAAAUUUUCAACAUCAGAAUCGUGCUUUGAAACUUCGAUGAUUGAAGUCAUACGGAACAAUGACAGACACUGAGAUGAACGACGUCUUUCCUGGCCCUUUAAUUGAGCCUCAUGAUCUGAGUCAACUACAGUAUCAUAUCACCUUAUGCGACUUUGGUGAAAAGGUGCAAAAAGCUGCUAAUGCGGCUUAUCCGAAUGAUGAAAAUAUCAAAUAUCCUCGAGUUUACGCUCUUCUAUUAUUGUGGGAGGACGAAGACCCGUAUCUGCCUGUUUCGCAAGAAGUCCACGAAUUAGGAAUUGUUCUAGCUUCUAUUUACAACUUCGAAGUCGAGACCUAUCUUAUUCCCAGCGAGGGAAGCCACAAAAAAUUAAACCAAAGAAUUUUGGACUUUGUUGAAUUGGGUGGAGAUAGUGCGGAACACCUGAAGAUUGUUUAUUAUGGUGGUCAUGGCAUGCUGGCUCAUAAUCGGCAGCCGGACUGGGUGAGGUGUUCAAAAUCCUUUCCGUCUUUGGAAAGCUUCAUCAAGUCUGUGACUACAGAACUAUUGGGCACACUGCUUGACGAAUUUCCCAUAAUUUCUCCUUCAAGCUAACAGUUCAUGCAAUUAGUCGCUCUGAUCCUCGAGACCCUAGUUUUAGAACGGUAAAAUGGGGCGGCAUUCAAAAUUCUUUGGAACAAGCAAAAUCCGACGUUCUACUCUUGCUUGACUGCUGCUCAUCAGGCACUGCCAACACAGGAGAUGGUUGCGGGACUACAGAGCUCAUUGCUGCUUGUGGUUUCAAUAAUUUUGCAAAUGGCGUUGGUCGCCAUUCGUUCACUCAUGCCUUGACAACAGAACUACGCCUGUUGAGCUCAUAUCCGAAGUUUACCGCAGCGGUCCUGUACAACAGAAUACUAUGCCGACUACAAAACUGGAUGCCUGAAGGUAGAGAAUUGCAGAAAGCUCCACUGCAUGUUGUUCUUACUCAGAACCAAGCUUUACCAUCCAGCAUACAACUUUCAGUAACCCCAAAGCCAAAGCCGGAAUCGAUGACAUUGCAAAGUCCUUUGCAAUCACUGGGAUCGCCAAGCCCCGAUUCUUUUGCGAGCAAUGAAAGGACAGAUUCUGAUCAAGAUUCUGAUUCAUCACCCAUUUCAAGCCUUCUUUCUGCCGAUGAACAAUUUCCGAGGAUCUUACUGAGUGUGAGACUCAAGGAAGAUAUGGUUCCAGAAUUGUCUGCUGAUCUCUUCAGUGAAUGGCUUCGCAUGAUGCCUGUUGUUGCCAACUCUAUUACUGUUGAAGCUGGAUUCGACAGCUUCUCAACAUUAAUAUUGGUUUCCAUGCCGACACCAAUAUGGGUCUGCCUUGGAAAAGAUCCGGCCUUCAAUCUUGUAGGUAUCAUUAAGAAAAUGCCAAACAUAAAUAUAGUGUCCAAAAAAACUUCAUCGCCACUGAAAGUUGCUGAAAACGAUAAUUAUCAGUCUUCGAGGACUAAAAAGCAACCACCAGCCCGUAUGAACGAUAAAUUUCCUCCUUCAGCCUUUACAAAGCAAAAACCAAUGCAAACACCAUCUUCUUAUGACUCUGACUUCGAUGAAAUCAGAUCCUAUUCUUCUAUACUGUCGGAUUAUCAAAAGUGGAAGGGCAACAUACCAGGCAGAGGAGAAAUUUGAACCGAAUUUUGCGCCUAAAAUUGACGAAACUUCGAUCGAGAAAUCGAGGAGAUUAUCUGCCUAUAAUGAUUGUUGGCCGACUGGUCAUCAUCAUUACUCGCAAAGUGGCUCCUCACAACACCCUUCCAAGCACUAUUCUUCCUCGCAAUAUCCUUCCUCGCAAAGUGGCCCCUCGCAAUAUGAUCACACCCA